AUCUUGAACAAACACAGCAGUUUUAGCAUGGAGUGGAAAGGAAGGUUGCUGGUCCAGUUGUUGCUGUUAGUUUGUGUGUUGGAGGUCAGUCUUUGCCAGCACUGGUCAUACGGUUGGCUUCCCGGUGGAAAAAGAAGCGUUGGUGAAAUGGAGGCAACAUUCAGGAUGUUGGAUCCUGGUGACACAGUGCUGUCUAUUCCUGCUGAUUCUCCAAUGGAGCAGCUUUCACCAAUACACAUAGUGAAUGAGGUGGAUGCUGAAGGUUUGCCUCUGAAAGGACAAAGAUUUCCAGACAGACGGGGAAGAGUGUAAAAAUAUAAAUGAUGAAGCUGAUAUGAGUAUGAAUUUUAUUCCAUAGGAGAGCAUGUUUUUGGACUCCUAAUGAAAUAUCCUCCAAAUUAUGGAUUUAAUAAAUACACUUCACUGAAGGAAC